AGGAAAAAUCUAGGCGCUAUAGAGAGAGACUUAAAGCAGACCCAGAAAAAUUGGCUGAAAGGAAGCGAAAAAAAAAGAGAAAGUUAUCAUAAAAACAAAAUAUCGAUAUCAGGUAUGCAGCCUGAGGACAAAAAAAACUGCAGAACCAUAUGGAAAUUGCGUAAACAAGAACAAAGAAAGAGAUCAAAAGCACUUCGAAACAUACUGCAAGAAACACCACCAAGUUCUCCGUCUACUUUGCAGGAAAUCAAUAUACCACAAGAUCAAUAUGUACCCACUCCGCCGGCUUCUCCCUUUGCACCUCUGGAAUCUGAACAGAACAAAAAAAGGGGAAGGAAAAUAAUCCGUAGAGAUAGAUCUAAGAUGUACAAAGAAAAUUUAAAAUUACGAAGCCAAGCCAAUAUGUGGAAAAAAAAAUUGAAAAAUUUAAGAAGAGGGCUCAUCGUAAAGCAAACGAAUUAAAUAAAAUUAAAGAAAAAAGAACCGUGGCAGAAAAUGAAUUAUACGAAAAAUACAAAACUUUAACUCGUGCUAUAAAGAAAAACUACAUGACAACAAAGGCACGAGAAGGGAAAAGGAUGUUGAGAAAGAUAUUUGAAAACGUAGAUGAAUCACGCAAGAAACAAAUCAUACAGGACAGUUUAGGUGUAAAAGGAAGCGCUAAAGCAAAGACAACAUGUAAGGGUGAAACGGAACUAAUAAAGAAAGUAAAAUGUUUUUUCCAAAGAGAUGAUGUGUCAAGAAACACCGCCGGCAAGAAAGAAACCGUCACUAAAGGAAAAGAAAAAGUUCAAAAACGGUUCCUUUUAGAGUCAAUGAAAAAUUUAUUCAAAGCGUUUAAGUUGGAGAAUCCAGGGACAAAAUGUUCCUAUUUCUAUUUUACGAAACAUCGACCCUUCUACGUACUCAGACCAACAGUAGAUGGCAGGGAUAUGUGCCUUUGUAAAACACAUGCAAAUGCAGCAGCUAAAAUAAAGGCUCUAAAGCAGAAAAGAGUUAUUAAUGCGGUGGAUACAAGUACACUGAUUCUAGAAACAGUGUGUGACAGUAAUAAAAUGGAUUGUAUGUUUGGUACUUGUGUACAAUGUCAAGAUAGAGAAAUAAAAAUAAACGAAGAUAAUGUUAAGGGUAAAAUGCAAUGGUUUGAAUGGGUGAGAGAAGAGGAAAUUUAUGUAAAAGGAGGCAAAAGGAUGAAAUCUAUUAAGAAUGUUAAAAGAUUGAAUGAAGAUUUGGUACAAAACAUGAUAGAUAAAUUUAAAGAGGAUCUGAAAAUAUUAAAAAAACAUAUUUUCAAUAUGAAAACCCAGUACAGGAAUUUCCGGCAAAGUGUUGAUAACAUUAAACCAAACGAAGCCGUAAUUUUAGUUGAUUUCAGCGAAAAUUAUAGUGCAAAAUGCCAUGAAGAAAUUCAAGCACACCAUUUUGGUGGAUCCCGCAACCAAAUAACACUCCACACUGUUGUCGUAUACCUGCACGACAAAGACAAAAAUUACAAGGUAUCUUCUUUUUGCUCUGUAUCGCCAUGCAAUAUCCAUCAACCUGCUGCAAUAUGGGCGCACUUACAUCCGAUUCUAACAAGCAUUAUUGAAGAUUACCCUGAAAUUGACACUAUCCAUUACUUUUCUGAUGGACCUUUCUCUCAGUAUCGCCAGAAAGGUAACUUCUUCUUGGCUUGUACAAAAACAUUUGACUACGGGUUUCAAGCAUUUAGCUGGUCAUUCUUCGAAGCAGGUCAUGGCAAGGGAGCGGCUGAUGGAAUUGGGGGAUUCCUUAAAAGAGAGGCGGAUAACAAGGUAGCAACUGGAAAAGACAUAACCGAUGCAUUUGGAUUUUACCAAGCCCUCAAGGAAUCUAGCAAAAUCAAAUUGUUUUAUAUAAUCAAAGAAAAAAUUGACGAUGUUCAAAAUUGUAUUCCAAAGGAUCUUGUCCCUCUGCCUGGAACCAAAGAUGUGCACCAAAUCUUUUCAAGGAUUCGUGGCCAACUAAAGUAUAGAAAUUUGAGUUGUUUUUGCUCAAGAGGAUUGUGCGACUGUUUGCAUCCAAAGUUUUACUCACCUACCCCAACUUUAAGAAUAAUUCCAUCCCCUGUGGACAUGUGUGAGGACAACAUACUUGAUGAUGUAGACAACAUACGUGAUGAUAUUAUAUCCAGUGAUGAUACUGAUGAUGAUUUGCCUUUGAGUGCCCUGGUUUCUUUAAAACAGGAUGACAUCUUAUUUACUGAUCUACAUAAGGCUCCAAACAAAAGUAUUUACAACUGUGUGUAUGGUUCUUCUGAUGAGUCUAAUGAUGAAAAAAAUACUACACAGCCAUCAGUAUCAGGGCAAAACCAGUUAUUACCUGGAAUGGGUGAUUAUCUACUCGUCAAAGUUUAUGGCACCAAAGGCAAAUCAUACCAUAUUUACGCAUGCAUUGCUCAAAGCAAUAUCGACGACGAUGGAGAAAUUAAAGUCACAUUUAUGAAAUGUGUUAAAGGUGGGAAACUAUUUGUCCUCAAUGAAAAAGAUGUCUCCUAUGUUGCUUAUGAAGACAUCGUUCAAAAACUUCCUAAUCCGGAAAUUCAAUUGAAAAGAGGUGUCAAUUAUUUUAAGUUUCCAAUAGACACCAAUGUUUUUGAAAAGUAAUUUAUUGUAGGGAACUGUUGAUCUCCAUUAGGUUAAGAAAAACUAAUUUUUCGAUAGAUACGUUAAUUAGAAAAGAGGCGUCAAUAUUAUUUUAAGUUUUUCAUUGGAUACCAAUGUU